CUACAGCGUAAGUACAAGAGACAAGAUAUGUGCUAAUUGAAUGGGCGCAUUGGCAACACACAGUACACGUGGUGAGAUGUGUUUAGGAAGGAGCUGCAGUGGAGUGUACCAAGGUAGUUGUCGGUGCCUCGCGAUCUGGGAAAAUAGUUGUGAAAAGGUUGCGACGCCUGGGAAAUUUGCUGGCUGCGCACCUGCAUGUGUGGUACAAAACAACUACUGCAAUUGUUAGUAUAAUAAUAAUGGCAGUCUUCAAUGUGCACCUGCAUGGUGCCUAAUUGAUCGAGGCACGCGUUGGUGGCGAUCCAGGGAACGCGACGCGUCGCAUCACAGACACCUUUGAUUCUAUCACAAAAACACACAAGUAGUCGUCAUCGACGAAAGCGUGUGCGCGAGUCAACUCCAGCAGGAACCUCCAAGAUGUCACGAUGGCAUUUCGCGGCGUGCCAAUGGAGAGCAACCAACAUCUAGAUGUUUCCGAUGAGGACUUCGGAUCAGACAUAGACGCUGACAUCUGGGACACGGUGCUUUCGCAGAUCGAAAAUCAGCCACUCAGUGAAAUCGCAAUCACUGAUUUGGAAGAAGAUCUAAACCACGGAAAUGCUACAUCAAGCCAAGUCCGCGCAUUGCGCGUUGCGCAUGUCCCGCAGCAAACCAAUACCCGACUUCCAGAUCUCGAGGAUAUCAUGGAGGAUAUCCAGGGUUCUUCGCCUCCAUUAUCGGUUCAGGUGUCUAAUGACGGGCACCCGAUCGAACCAAGCAUCCCAGCUGUUAAGACCAGUGAGAGAGAAGAUCAGUCCAAUUCAUCGGACCCGAAACCGCAAGAAGUAGAACCUACCAGCACCAAGGCUCGUGGUAAAUCGGUGGCCUCUGGAUCUACCAGAAGGCCCAAAGUACAGCACUCGGCGGAUACGAACGCUGAGUUUCUCGAACAGCCUUUGUCGAUUGAUCCUGAACAAGACACUCAAUCGCCGCUGGAACGCUUCCGGAGCCCACCGAAAAAAGCUUUAUCGGUGACAGAUAUCAUCUCGCCUGCGUGGUGCGAACUACAAUAUUGGUACUCGCUCACAAGGUAUGGACGGGUCCGUCAAACACCAGCGAUGAAGCAGGGAACCAAGAUCCACAAGAAAAAGGAACGUGAGGUGUACACAGAAGUCCCUGUUGAGGUAGCCAGUGCCGAAGACAAAUUUGGGCUCAGAUUGUGGAACAUGAUCGUUGGAUUACGAACUCUAAGAACGACCGGGCUGACGCGCGAGCUCGGGGUUUUCGGCAUCAUUGAAGGAGAGGUCAUCAUUGGUAUCAUAGAUGAGCUCACGCGGACCUGCCCAGAUGAGGAAGCGGAGGCAUCCAUUCGCGGUGUGGCGGAAGGUCUCAACAACACAGCUCAAUCCUCUGACAGGAAGGCAAAGUCGCAUCUGAGCAAAGGAAUCGUCAACCAGCCCACGAUGGCCGAAUUUUUUGCGAACCGUGCACAAGACGGCAGUACGAAUCAUGAUCAAUCGCGUGCCGGCUUCGGUUCUCUUCCGGAUGAUCGAACAUCCAUAUACCUGGUCGAUAUCAAGACGAGAAAAGCAAAGUCUCUUCCGAGGGCAACAGACAUGCGACCAACCCGAAUGCAAUUGAUGCUUUAUCAUCGUCUGUUGGCCGAUCUUGCUCGUGGUGAAGUAGAUCCGGACCAUUUAUUCGACAGAUACAAGCUCGACAAAGAUUCUGUCUUUUCCGACACAUUUAUUGCCUCCCUAAACAAUCUCGAUUCGGGAGCAGGCUACGACCAAUCUUACGACGAUGACGAAGAUCCACCGGUCGAUGCCGUGACUGAACUUUUAGCCCACAACACCCUCGUCAAGCUAUGGUCCCUCAUGGUUUCCGAAGUCGCAAAGACAUUUCCCGACGGAACACUAUCGCCGAUGUUAACAGCCGAAUAUCGAGCAUCUACAAGCGGCGAAGUCAUCGGCAAGCACUCAUUCCCGCUUCAUACGGGUGAACUCAACGAUUACGUGGCAAGCGAGAUGCAAUGGUGGCGCGGCGAACGGCCAGCCCGAGGCGUCGAGGUCGCAGAGGCGUCGAGGUGCGGCAUAUGCGAGUUUGCGGACAGUUGCUCCUGGAGAAAGGCCAAGCUCGCGCAAGCGACGACAUCAGCAAAGUCCAAACGGGCCGCAAAACCUAGUGCCGACGAAAGCAUCGCUUGAGUGACGCUAAAGUGUCACCCGAAUACCGCCAUUAUUGGCACGAGGACCCUGAAGUCUAUGAGCGUUGUCAUGGCCAUGACGAUGAUCGAAUGGCGACCGUAGCAGUAUGUUGCCGAGGCGAGAGAUUCGUGAACAUCUCCGACAUGUAACCCACGAUGUUCCAAUCCCAAUAGACGUCCGUACUUUGAUACAAUCACCCCAGGGUUACCUAUUAAUUCUUAGGGUUGCUUGAUAUCAUCAACGAUCUAUCAUUUAUUCCUGAAUCGUUUCACGGUUCGAAUCUUCCGACAUCGUCGACCUCCUGCAGCAAACGCGACGAUGUGAUGAUGGAAUGCGUGGGAAAGGUCGCCAUUUUAUCGAGGGUGCGGACGUUCAUCAACGU